AUGGUUCGGAUGAGACACCUGCGGCGGUCGCAGCCGGCCCAGCCGGUGGUCCAGCAAGCCGCUUCGGUGCCGGUACCAGCUCUCGGCCCUGUUGCAGCAAGGACUCCAGCUCCCAUUCAACCUCCCCUUCAGACGCCGAGUCAGGCACCGGCGGACCCGAUUGCGCUCGCGCCCUUGCGGUCCACAAACCGGCUGCGUAUACCUACAGAGCUGCCUGGUCUUGGGUCGGCCUUGGCUGGGGGGCCAUCCGUUGUGGCCGGGGUCAAGCGCAGGGCUCCCGGCAACCUGGACUUGGCGGACGUUGAGGUCAUUGAUCUGACGGGCGACUAG